AUGGGGAAACGCAGGACCUCCGGAGUAGAAAGCGACGAAGACGAUGCUGAAUUUGUAACGUCUUCCAAACGCGCCCGCGUCGAAGACGACGAUGACGACCACGUCCGAGAGGAGGAGAGUGACGAGCAGAAGGCCUUCGAGGCCAGGUAUGGCGAGCUGGUCAGAGCUUCAAUCGAAGCGAAGCAACACUACCAAGGAAGGAUUGCCGACUGUGGCAUUAUUCAAUCAUUAGAAAUGCAACAAUUUAUGUGCCACCCGCGCUUAUCGUUCACUUUUGGCCCGCAGAUAAACUUCAUUAUUGGACACAAUGGAAGCGGAAAGAGUGCAGUCCUAUCCGCUUUGACAAUCGCACUGGGCGGUAAGGCCAUCACUACAGGCAGGGGUAGCGGCCUUAAGUCGUUCAUCCAGGAAGGUAAAACAUGGUCAGAGGUAACGAUAACCCUAAAGAAUGAAGGAGAAGACGCAUACAGGCCGGACGUCUAUGGCAAAUCAAUCACUAUCAUUCGAAACUUCACCAAGGCAGGUUCCACCGGAUACAAGAUCAAAAGUAGAGAUGGGAAGACCGUCAGUACUAAGAGAGAAGAGUUGGCAAAGAUCUGCGAUCAUAUGAACAUCCAAGUCGACAAUCCCAUGAAUGUACUGACGCAGGAUUCGGCACGACAGUUUCUCAGCACUUCUCACCCUACUGAUAAAUACGAAUUUUUCCUCAAGGCCACGCAACUCAAACAACUGAGCGAAGAGUAUGAGUCUUGUCUCGAGAACAUUGGGAAAACAUACAAGAUUUUGGAAGCGAAGAAAGAGGUCUUGCCCGAGCUGAAGGCUACUGCUAUCGAAGCGCAAAAUCGUUAUAAGGGAGCACAGCUAGCUUUGCAGACAAGAGGAAGAGUGACCGAGCUGAAGCAAGAGCAGGCAUGGGCGUUUGUCCAAGAUAAAGAAGAAGAAAUGAAGGCAAAGAUCGACGAAGUCGCUAGGAGAUCGCGAAAGCUGCCUAAGCUCAAGGAUAAAGUUGAUGCAACCAAAAAACUACACGAUGAGCAUAGCGAGAAGAUUGCGGACCUCGAGACUGAGAUAAAAGAUCUUGGUGAUAUUAAUCAUCUAAACCUUCAGCAAGCCGAGAUCAAAGGCAAACUGAAGGCCAACAAGACGAAGCUUCGGGAGUAUCAGGCUAGCGAGAAGGAGAUGAGCAUCGAGCUAAAGACGGCCAAAAAUACGAUCGAAGACCUUCAAGAGAGGAUCGCUACCGAAACAAGGAAGCUGCAAGAGGACAAGAAAGCCGAACAAGAGGAACGGCAGCGUAAGCUGGAGGCGGCCAAGAAGGCUGUCAGUGAGCACGAGGCCCGCCGGAACGAGAUCAACGAUCACCUUCGUCAAUUCGAGGAGGAUAUGGGGCCAUUAAAGACUAAAGUUGCCGAUACCGAAACUACUUUGCAGAAUAGCAAAGCAACAAUGGAAUCCUGUUCUCGCCGGUUGAACGAGCUUAACCGACAAGCAGUCGACAGUGUCAGUGUUUACGGAAACAAUUUGCAACAGAUUCUGGAGCGAAUCAGUACAAUGACAUGGCACGGCAAGAAACCUGUGGGCCCUCUGGGGUUAUAUGUUUCAUUGCGUGAGCGGCAGUGGACAGACAUUAUUCGUGCAACUCUGGGAUCGUACAUGACGUCUUUUGCUGUCACUGAUGCCCGUGAUCGAGUACAGCUGAGAAAGUUACUAGUGGAUUCAAAAAAUGGCCAUAUGCAAGUAUUCGUCGCAUCGGAUGAUCUAUUUGAAUACGAAAGCGGUGAGCCUCCAAGGGAUAAGGUCACUAUAUUGCGAGUGCUUGAGGUGACUGGUGAAUACGUGAAACGCAUACUAAUCAACAAUAGUCGGAUUGAACGCACUUUCCUUGCUCCCACUCGCGUGGAGGCUGAGCGUCUUGCGGAAGAGGCGAAUGGUGGUACAGCCAUAUCGGCUGACUUUUACAGGGUGACGGCCUAUCCCGAGGGCGGCUCAUACUCGCAACCAAUUCAGGAGCUCAGGAAUGAAGAUCCCAGAAUGCGGAAAUUAAUCUUUGAUUGCAGACAUUGGAAGGAAAAAGGAAGACAGGCGGACGAAGCAUAUCAGCAGGCGAACACCGAGAUGCAGAAGUACAGGCAGGAACUAGACGAGCUGAAUAGACAACGUGCCAUUCGCAGUGUACCAAAGGGUAUCGAAAACAGGCUUUUCAAACUGAAGCAAGACCUGCGUACCUUGCAGAAUGAGCACAACGAUGAUAUUCCGGUCAACAUUUCUUCCUUAGAAGAGGCCAUGAAGGAAGCGGAGGAGACCAAAGAGAAUAUCGUGAACCAGUUUAAGGAUCUCGUCACAGCUAAGGGCGAGGUGGAUAACGAGCAAAAGCAACUGCUGACAGAGUUGAAAAAGAUAACGGCUCAGGUGGACGAAUUUGAGAGCAAAAGAAGUGAUUUGGAGGUACGUCUUGUGGAUGCUUCCGGAAAACGCAGUCGAGCGCAAGCAGAGAUGAGGACUUGCGAAGAGAAACUUAGAGUGGAACAAAGGGCGAUCGCUGAGCUGGAGCUAGCCGCGAAGAACCUGCAGUUGGAAUUCGAGAAUUGGACGAGACACGCUGAAGAGUUCUGCGAUGGCAAGAGGGUCGAAAAUCCUCGUAAAUCGACUGAAGUUGAGCGUGAGCUGAAGUCUGUCCAGGCGGCGCUCAAGCAACAAGAGAAAGAGAAUGGAGCAACUCUUGAAGAACUAGAAGAAGCGCUUCAAGAAGCCAAGCAGAAAUAUCAAAACACGGAGCAAGAUCUCAAGAACCUAUCGAAACUCAAUAGGGCUCUAAAAGAGUCUAUAGUCAGACGGCUGCAGCGCUGGCACGACUUCCGACGACACAUCGCACUCCGCACCAAGUUACAAUUCCAGCACCAUCUUGCCAUGCGAGCUUACUUUGGGAAAGUGCUAUUCGACCAUGACAAGCAGAAGUUGGAGCUGAAGGUGCAGACGGACGACCAGGCUGCAACGCAAGGGUUGAAUAAGGAUCCGAAGUCGUUGAGUGGGGGCGAGAAGUCGUUUGCGACGAUUUGUUUGUUGCUUGCGCUUUGGGAAGCUAUUGGGUGUCCGAUUCGUUGUUUGGAUGAAUUCGAUGUCUUCAUGGAUGCUGUCAAUAGGCGUAUAUCCAUGAAAAUGAUGAUCGACACUGCCAACGCGUCAGACAGCAAACAAUACAUCCUCAUCACGCCUCAGGAUAUGAGUACUGUCGCUUUUGGUCCGACUGUGCGUGUACAUCGGAUGGGCGAUCCGGAGCGUGGGCAGACAACGCUUUGA